GCCCUUACAUUAUUACAGCAAUCCAAGGUAAAAGUGCAGAUCUUCAGGAUUCCAAUGGGACAAUCAUUCCAAAAGUAAAUAUUGACCAACUAAAGUUAAGCAAAGACAGCAUGCCAAGAGUGCCACACCGGGGUUCAAAGAAAACAGCAGCCACAUUACCAACAGCACAACCAGGUCCAGCAGCACCACAAGCUGCAGCAGCACCAGCAUCUGCUCUAGCUUCACAGGCUACAGCAGCACCAGUGGCGGUAGCACCACCACCACCUCCUCCUAGAGCUACACAGCCUACAGCACCAAUGGCAUCACUUACAUCACUAUCGGUUCAAACACAACAUCCAUCUCCAGUUCCACAAGGUAUAGCAAUAACGGUAUCAGAUCCAGAGUCAGGAGCAACAGCACAGAAAGAGAACGAACCAGCCACAAGUGCUACAGCACCAGAAUAUGCUACAGCUGUACAAACCGAAUCCCAAACAGCAGCAGACCCAGCCUCAAAGACCAUAACAGCAGACCAGGCCUCACAAACCACAACAGCAGACCAGGCCUCACAAACCACAACAGCAGACCAGGCCUCACAAACCACAACAGCAGACCAGGCCUCACAAACCACAACAGCAGACCAGGCCUCACAAACCACAACAGCAGACCAGGCCUCACAAACCACAACGGCAGCAGACCCAGCAUCACAGACCACAACGGCAGCAGACCCAUCCUCACAGACCACAGCUCCAAAUGCUACAACCACACAAGCCUCAGCUCCACAGAUUACAGCCCAGCAAUCUACAGCACAAACCAUGGAAGCAACAGUUCCACUUGUGACACCAGCCCCAGCAACAGCCACACAAGCUAGCCCUGCACCACCUCCAGCAUCACCCUCUCAGAGAUACACUGAACCUGUUGCAGAGAAAUAUAUAAUGGAUGCCUGGGCUGGAAAGAGUCCUCACGUUCUACUCUCCAAAAUUGGUGCUUACAAAUUAUUCUACUGGGAUAUCCAACAAAUUGGUCCGGACAUGGAGUUGGAAAGUGAGUCUAUUAAUGCAUAUCUUGCGAUCAUGGUGAGACAAUGCAAUCGCCAUAAUUCAGCCAAAGCAGCAUUCAUUGAUUCAUUUCAAUGACUGCCAUUUGGAAGAGAAAAGCUCCAAGACUCAAGAUCAAACCCAUGGAGCAUGAAGUGAUUCUGGGAAUUGUAAAUGAACAUCAUCACUGGACAUUAGUGGUCAUUUACCCACAAGAAAAGAAGUCGCUGUAUCUUGAUCCACUCGGAGAAACUAAACAAGGUAUCCAAAAUUGUUUGGAAUCAACAAGGGCAUUCAUGCGAAAAAAAGGAUGCAACGUCUCAAGAUGGACUUGUGACACAGUCAAACACCCAAAACAAUUGGACGCUACCUCAUGUGGAGUCUUUGCAUUGAAAUUUGCUGAAAAGAUCUUGCAAAAAGAGUCAAUAGACUUUCCGUCUACAAAAAAGGCCAUAAACACACACAGGCUGCAAAUUGCCACCACUCUCCUCCUAGAGACAGAUGACUUGACAAACAUCUGUCUUUUCUGCGGCGAAGAAGAGCAUGAAACUGACAACAAAUGGAUUCAGUGUGAGAUGUGUUUGCGGUGGUUCCACCAGCUCUGCGUGAAAAGCCCACCACCAGAAGACGUGUUUAUUUGUUUCGCUUGUACAUAGUUGACACUAAAGGUGCACAGCUAGUGUUCUUAUGGCACACAUUGUUGAGAACACACAUAUCGACAUAUAUAUAUAUGUAGAUGUUAAAUUAAGAAGUCUAAAAAAAGAAAAUGGUCUCCAAAGUUACUGUAGUUAUUAGUUAUACUGUGAUUUAUUUUGCAAAUAAACUCUUUCGUGAUAGCAA